AUGGAGAGGCAGAGAAGUUUCUCCUUCAAACCCACUAGAUUCUUAGUAUUUUCUUUUACCAUCUCUUCCUCUGUCAUCUUUCUCACUUUCUUUACCAUUUGGAUCAUCAAAACAACUCCUUCAGUACCCCAAGAAACCCGUCUCCAGUUCAACACAUCCUCACUCGUUUUGGGUUUCAAACCCAUAGCUGUUCACACAUUGACUGGUUUCAGUAGGAAUUUUUCAGUAAAUGGUCUUAAAGAUUCGAUCUUGAAGGGUACCCGUUUGAGCAAACCUGAAAAUGCCUCUGGGUUUUCUGGGAUUUCACUUAUUAGUGGGUUACAGUUACAGAGGAAGGAGAACGAAUCCCAAGUGGCAGAACACGAAGAGGAAAAAGGCGGUGAGUCUGAUGGUAAUUUCACAACAAUUGAACACAGUGCACCUACUACAAUCCUACUUGUGAACGUUGAGAGGACUGAAGAGAAAAAUGCUGCAUUGAAUAAGACUGAAGUCACAAGUAAAAGGAGGAUUGAUGAGAAGAAGACUAGAGGAACUUCAUUUGAAAAUACUCAAAUUUUAAGUGGCGGGCAGGUUGAGAACAAGAGAGUGAGAGGAUGCGAUUUUACCAGAGGGAGGUGGGUCUACGAUGAGAGCUAUCCAUUGUACACAAACGGUUCCUGUCCUUUUAUAGAUGAAGGUUUUAAUUGUCAGGGUAAUGGAAGAUUAGAUAAAGACUACAUGAAGUUGAGAUGGCAACCACAAGAUUGUGACAUUCCAAGGUUUAAUGCAACAAAAAUGCUGGAACUGAUCAGAGGGAAAAGACUAGUUUUUGUGGGCGAUUCAAUCAAUAGAAAUCAAUGGGAAUCCAUGCUGUGCAUGUUAAUGGGAGCUAUCAAAGAUCCAAAUAGGGUCUAUGAGACGCAUAGGCGCAGAAUCACCAAAGAGAAGGGGGAUUAUAGUUUCAAAUUUGUGGAUUACAAAUGUACAGUUGAAUAUUAUGUGUCCCAUUUCUUGGUUCAUGAAGGCAAGGCAAGAGUAGGGCAGAAGCGGGUGCAAACUUUGCGAAUUGAUUCCAUUGAUCACGGCUCAUCUAGAUGGAGAGGAGCUGAUAUUUUGGUAUUCAACACCGCACAUUGGUGGUCUCAUUACAAAACUAAGGCUGGGAUUAAUUACUAUCAGGAAGGGGGCCAAAUUCAUCCACAGCUUGAUGUUUCCACAGCUUUCAGAAAAGCUUUGAUGACCUGGGCAUCAUGGGUUGAUAAACGCAUCAAUCCACGGAAAACCCAAGUUUUCUUUCGAAGUUCAGCACCAUCCCAUUUCAGGGGAGGUCAAUGGAAUUCAGGCGGGAGUUGUAAAGAAGCAACUCAACCGCUUCAAACUUCAAGCUCCUCUCAUUCUGAGAAAAAUGUAAUUGCAGAGGAGGUCAUAAAGCAGAUGAAAACUCGUGUGACUUUCUUGAACAUAACCGGCUUGUCAGAAUAUAGAAUUGAUGGUCAUCCAUCUAUACAUGGAAGAAAAUCAGGGAAACACUCCUCUUCAGGCAUUCAAGAUUGCAGUCAUUGGUGUCUUCCUGGCAUUCCUGAUAUCUGGAAUGAAUUGUUGUAUGCUCAUUUGCAGUAA